AUUUCAAGUAUCAACACUCUCUAGUUUCCAACUAGUUUAGAUCGUCUUCCUCCUCAACCAAAACCACUCCCAAUAUAAUUUCCGGCCUUCUCUCUCCUCCCGAAUUUCCUAGAGAGAGAGAGAGAGCAAUGCCGCACAGAAAUGCCGCCGUUUUCGCGCUCUUCUGCUGCUUCAUAAUUCCGCUACCAAUAAUCUCCCGGCCAGCCGCAUCCCCUCCGGCGCCGGCGCCUCAUAUUCCGGCAAUCUUCGCCUUCGGAGACUCCACCGUGGAUCCAGGAAACAACAACCACAUCGUCACCCUCAUCCGCGCCGACCACCUGCCGUACGGCCGAGCCCUGCCGGAGCACGCCGCCUCCGGCAGAUUCUCCGACGGGAAAUUAGCCACCGACUACUUAGCCUCGGCCCUCGGGAUCAACGACCUCCUGCCGGCGUACUUGGACCCGACGCUGUCCGACGGCGAGUUGCUUGGCGGAGCCAGCUUCGGGUCCGCCGGAUCCGGGCUGGACGAACUGACCGCGAAUUUCUCGAACGCUCUUGACAUUUGGAGUCAGUUGGAUUACUUCGACGAAGCGACGGCGAGAAUACGGAAGGUGGCCGGAGAAAGAAAGGGCGGCGAGAUCGUGAAGAACGGCUUGUUCCUCAUCAGCGCGGGGAGCAACGAUUUGUUGUAUAAUAUUUAUUUGUUGCCGAAGAGGAUGCUUCAGUUUUCGGUUUCUCAAUACCUUCAUUUCUUGCUCCACAACCUUGAAUCCGUCGUUCAGAGGCUUUACAGCAAAGGAGCAAGAAGGAUAAUGGUGGUGGGAGUUCCACCAAUGGGGUGUCUGCCAUUGCAGGUGACAAUGGAAAGCUUGAUCCCAAAUACUGAUCACCAUAUGCUGCACCGCCACUGCAACAACAGACAGAACCAUCACUGCCAAGCUUACAACAAUGGCCUCAAAGCCCUCUCCUCUAACCUUCAAGCAAACUUGGUGGGAGCCAAAGUGGCCUAUCUUGAUAUUUAUGGCCCUCUCAUGGACAUGCUUGCCAACCCUUCUAAAUAUGGUUUUGAGGAGAAAAGUAGAGGGUGCUGUGGAAGUGGGCUAGUGGAGAUGGGUCCAAUGUGCAGUGCUGUUACUCCCACAUGCACUGAUGCAUCCAAGUUCAUCUUCUGGGAUGCUGUUCAUCCUUCUCAAGCUGCUAAUUCCAUUCUUGCCAAUCGCUAUGCAGCCAUUACACUCUCACACCUCGCUUAGUCUUAAUUAGCAGUUAUACGUCGUUUAAGUACUAUUUUGAUCUAUGUGCUUUUAGUACUUUUGGUACAUUUUAGACUUUGUAUCUAUUUUAAUUUGUAUGCACGUACUUCUAAUUUGGUUACUUUCAAAAUUUCUAUUUUGAUCAUUGUACUUUAAGAAGUUGAUUGUUUCAUUUUAACAUGGCACCAUCACGAUCU